UUGGCCCAUAACAAACCACGCCCAUGACCCAAUAAGAUUAGGGGAAAGAUAUAAAAUCGAAAAUCGCGACGAUUCGGAAUUUUUUUUUCCGUUUGUUAUCGCCGUUAUCGUGUUGUGUACGUGCGUUUCAGCAGAGAUCAAGAAGGAUACGGAGACGCGGUUUGAAAGAAGUCGAAGAUACGGUUUAAACGAUCUGAAAUUGUUCUUGGGCAAAAUCAGCCAUGGAUUCUUCUCAUUACAACCCAAGCUACGUUCCAUGGAAUUCUCCUUACUCUUCUCAUCCUCCUCCUGCUCCGCUCUUGCCGCCGCCACCGCCGCUACCUCCUCCUCAUCAUCAUCAAUUUCAUCCCGAGAGCCCUAAUUUUUAUGGCCGAUCAAGCCAAAACGGCGUUCAACAUCAGGAUUAUCACCAUUACUCUCAUCUUCAAGACCUUCCGUCGAAGCCGACGGUUAAUCAGCCGUCUUCCUACUACUCCCAGCAUCCGCCACCGCCACCGCCUCAGCAACAGCAUCCUCCACCGCUGCAGCAGAAGCAUCUUCCAUACAUUCCUCAGCAUGUUAGUUAUGAGCCUCAAAGGAUUUCGCAGCCGUCCUCAUCGAGUAUCCCAUGUACGGAAUCCCGAGAUAUUUCUCAGUCUGCUUGGGUUGGGUAUAAGGAAAAACGACUUGAUUCAUGGACAGUUGAUGCUGGUCAGGGACGAAUGGAUACUGGUAGAAGCCGAGUGGAUCCAGGUCCAGACCGUACCUAUCAUCAGUAUGACUACAACCGCUCGUCGAGGGAAUCUUCGGGUGUUAGUACUAGCCGUGGUUUAGAUGGUAGUUCUAGGUCUAGAGAUGAGUUUCGUAAUCCUGGUUAUGUGAGAAAAGAAUCUGGAGCAACUAGGAUAGAGGGGAAUUACCAAGACCGUGUUCAGGUAAAAUCAGAAUCCGAUAGAUAUUUCAGGGGUUUAGAUGAGGGAAGUAGGGGUUUAUCUUCAAGUGUUGGUUAUGGCAGUGACCGAUAUGGUGUUACAGUAAGUCGGGAUAUGAUUAGGUCAUCAGCAAGUCAUGAAGCAGCUAGAAACCAGAGGAGGGAUGAGGCGCAUAAUGGAGGUAGGACUCUCUAUCCCCGGAAAAAAGAUGACUACCAUCACUCUGAGAUAGGAAAAUAUUUUGAUCGUGGAAGGAGAGAGGAGAGGAAUGAUUCGAAUUUAACACCUAGGAAACAAAUACAGAAGAAGAGUGCUUUGCUAAGGCUUGAAACUCCAAGGUCCCAUCAAAACGGCAGAGAGAAUGAUUGGUCUCGGCAUCAUACUCCUUAUAGUGGGAAAAAGUUCAACUCUAACUCGUUUAGGGGUAAAGAACAAUUGGGUCAUUCUGAUCGUGGAUUGGUGGAGAAGCAAAGGAGGAGAACUCCAGUUGAUCUUGAUGUUUCAUUUAAAUCGAAUCUUCUGGUAGCUAAGCCCGUAGCAUCACCUACAAGUGCAGGCAUCCACCCAAGCCGAUCUGUGACACCUAGGUCUAGUAAAGCUAGAAGAGCAUUGGUGCCUGAUAAAAAUGAGAAAGCUCCAGUAACUGAAGGUAAUGGAAAGUUGAGAACACCUUUGUCAGAUGGGGCAUCUGUUCCUGAAGGCUCCAGACAAUCUACAAGGCAAACUACCGCAUCUGAAACUGAAAAGAAACCUGAUAAUCACUCAUCCCUGUCUUCCAAUGAUGCCGGGGGUCUGAACGAGGGUAGUUUUGUUGACGGUGUCGUUCAGGACAGCAAAGUCAAAAUUAGCGAUGGAGGCAUUGAAACUUCCACUCAUGAUAGUGAAGCAAAAGUUUGUAGUACUGUACAUGCUGCGGAAAAGAUCUCUAGUUUUUGUGAGGCUUUGAAUGAGGCCAAGGAUGACUCGAAUGCCGAACAUGAUAGCAAUAUGGAGGUUUGCUCCGCUGAAGAAGAUAUUAUUGAUGGAGACGAAAGUAUAGUGAAGUCUCAUGAAGAUAUGUUGGACAGAAAGGGCACUGGUUGUAAUGCUGGCGAAGCUCUUAUGCCGAAGGUCAUGGAGAAGGAAGAAAUCGUGAAGACGAAUACAAAACUCAAUAUGUCUCCUAUUAUAUUACCUGUAUCAUGGCCAACAGCUGCUGAUCAUCCUGGGUCUUCUGAAGGAGGAGUUCAUUUUGCUGGUAAGUUCAUGUGUAAUGUUGGGUAUCAACCUUGUGAAGAUGAGGACAUGGAUUGCACACCAUCACCAGUGAGGAAGGUGAAUACUGGGUUAGAAGAAAGGAAAUCCAUUGGUUCAUCUGUUGGAUCUUUGGGUUAUAGAGAAAAGGAUUUUGAGAAGUCACCUCUAGACGCAUCCAUCUAUUGUAAUAGCGACUACCCUGAUGAGCAGGUGUUGGCGAAGUCAGAUAGUGGUGGUAUUGAAGAUGACAACAAUGGGAUCAGUACGAAUGUAGAUUCCUUGUCUGAGUUGUCUCCUGAAGAUGACUCCUCUACCGUUCGCCCCAAGGGUCUGGUUUCCUCUGUCUCUCUGGAUGUUGCUAAUGUUUCAAUGGAUCUUGCUGAUGCAAAUAAUAGUGUUUCAGGGGAUCUCGCUAAUGCUAACAGUUUCACCGUUGGGACAUACCGCAGUACUAUGGUCACGUCACCUGAUAUCAAUGUAGUUUUCCAGGUGGAAAGUAAAGAUCUUCCUCAUUGUGAAGACACGGUCAAUUCAUCAGUUGAGAAUGUUAGCGAAAAAGAAUCCAUGGAACCUACGCCUCUUAAUAGUGCUGCAGAAAUGGCUUACAAUCCGGACAGUGACGAAGGUAAAAAUGCUUGUGAUAAUGGUACUUCUUCAUCUCUGACAAAGGUUGCAGUAAAGGAAUCAUCAAAUGUUCUGCCUGUGGAGAAAACUACUGGCUGUUCACGUAGCGAUGAAUCAGAUUUAGCUAUGGCAGUACCAUCUGAGGUAUGUAUUGAAAAUGUGAGCACUGAGAAAGUUGUGCCUGAUGAAGAUCUGGGUUUAGCAUCUCAUCAUCCUGCAGAAAUUCCUUCUGUAGAUCAGUUUAGUGGUUUAGAUAGUACAGGUUUGAAAGCUUGUUUAUCGGAGCCAAAUGUUUCUCUUAACAAAGAUAUCACUGAUGGUGCAAGCGACUGCAUUGUUGAGCAAGACGGUAGCCAAAAUGCGUCCUUAUUUUGUGAUAAACUACCUAGCUCUUCUGUGACCGUAAUUGAUACGAAUCUUGCAAUUAAAAUUAUUGGCAUGUCUGGUAGUGAAACGGUUACUGAUGCGGAUUCUGGCAUCCUUGAAAGUCAACCAUGUUCAACAGAAUGCGAGUUGUUGCCCGAAGAUCGUUUGGAAUGUGGAUCAUCGGGUGCAAUUGGUUCUCACUGGAAUCUCUCUAUGGGUAAAAAUCUGGAAAAAGAUUCUUCAAGGGUCAGUUCUUGCAUAGUAUCUGAUAGUUCUGUCAGUCCAUGUCAUAUUUCUCCCAUGGCGGCAGUGAAUGAGCAGAUACAAAACAAAACAUCUAUUCAAGCUAACUACAGUGAUUCUCAAGGUGACUUCAUGCAUAAGGAAAAUAGUCAAGAAGAGAAAACAAAGCCUUCUAGUGGAACUUCUAAAUACAGAACUCUGGGAACUGAUACUAUUGCUGUGAGUGGGGAUUCAGUGAUUCCAUGUAAUUCUUUAUCCAGCUCACCAAGGCGGAGCUUCAGACAGAUACGAAGUGAAGUUCAUGUUGCUGCUAUGGUUGAUGAAACUAGCAAAGGUAAAGAGAAACCCAAGCCUUCUGGUGGUACUGCUAAGUACAGAACUCCAGGAACUAAUAUUGUUGCUGUUAGCGGGGAUUCUAUGUCCCCAUGUGAUUCUCUUUCCAGCUCACCAAGGUUGUACAGACAGAUACGGAGUGAAAUUCAUGUUGCUUCUAUGGUUGAUGAAACUAGCAAAUAUAAAGAGAAAACAAAGCCAUCUGGUGAAACUACUAUAUACAAUACUUCGGAAACUGAUACUGUUGCUGUUGGUGGGGAUUCAGUUUUCCCAUGUGAUUCUUUAUCCAGCUCACCGAGGCUGAGCUUCAGGCUGAUACGGAGUGAAAUUCGUGGUGCUGCUAUGGUUGAUGAAACUAGCAAAGUUAAAGAAAGUCAAAAAGAAAAUAUUCUUUUAGAUACUUUACAAGAGCAAGUCAUGACUUCCCAUGAGUUAACCCAGCCAAGUAGUUCUUUUGCUCAUUAUCCUUGCUUAGGUAAACCAUCAUCUGGUGCAGAUGUCGAUUCUUAUGUCCAUACCAUGUCAAAGUACCCUGGUGGUGAUUUAGUUGAGAAGCCCAAUGGUGAUUCAAUAGAGAAGCUGACUGAUGUAACAUCUGAUGUUGUCUCUCAAGGAAAAUACUCAGCAAACAAUGUUAAGACUGAUAUAUUUGAAGGUGAAAUAUUGUCAUCUGAUGGAAAAUUUUAUGGAACAGAAUUUCUUGGUGAUUCAGGUGUUCGUCUGUCCAGAUCAUACUCACAUGCGGAUGGUAAAGUUGGAUUGAUACAUGUCAAAGAUCACGUAGUCUCUGUGCCACAUCGGGAUUCCAAAAGUAAGACAUCUCUGAUUUCUAGGUAUGAAAUAGAAGAGCGGAAAAAGAAGUCCAAUUAUUCUACUCAGAAAGAUGCUAACCCUCCAAUUCGUACCACAAAGCGUCACACUUGGCAUCGAAAGUCCGAUUCUGCCUCUCCUUUUGUAGCUGCCAAGCCUUUGUCGUCGGCUUUUUCUACACAACAAAAGUUUCCCGUAGUGACUGCCCAGUCUAGUAGUAGUAGUUACGUACGUAAAGGGAAUAGUCUUCUUCGAAAACCCUCAAAUGAUUCUCCUGGUGUUGCUCUUGAAAUGCCUCCAUCUGCCAUUCAGUUGAACCGUUUCAUUGUUGAAGACAAAAGCAUGAGAUCUGCCAGUAAGGUUGAUGUGGAUAACGCUUCUUUUCUUGUUAAAACAGCAGAAAUACCCACUCUUGAGAGGCAGUCAAAACCUCCCUCAGACAGCAGCACCUCCAAAGUAUCAAAUGCCACUGCUACUUCUUCAGGAAAACGUGUGUUAUCUUACAGCAUGGAUCACCUCAACACUGGUUUACCUGAGUCUAUCAUGGAUUCUGCUUCAUCUGGAGAAGCUAAUGUUCCACACUCUGGUGGGGAUACAUUCAAGACAUCUGACACAGUAAUUCAGACAGGUUAUGCUUCUGAUUGCCAGCAGGAGAGAAAUCCGCCUAAAUUAGAUUCUUCAAAUUUGAAGAGAAUGGUAUAUGUCAAAAGGAAGGCAAAUCAAUUGGUUGCAGCUUCAGAUAUUCAUGGUGCGAGUAAGAGCCAGAUUCCUCCCUCUGAUGGCUACUUCAAGCGCAGUAAAAAUCAGCUAGUAAGGAAUUCAGAGAGCCGUGUACACUCACCUGAUGAUGCAUUAGACUCACGAGCAGCUGCAACCAUUGUUUCUGAAAGAUCAUCUAGCAUGGCAUUCUCCGAAUCUGCUGCCACGAGACCAUAUAAACAGUCAAAAUUUUCUCUGGUUUGGACGCAAAAUGAUCCACAGUCAAGAAUGCCCAGAAGUCACAUGCGCUAUCAGAGGAUCUUGCCGCAACUUGUUCCUUGGAAAAGAGUGACAUACUGGAGAAGAUUAAUGAAUUCAGUGUCCGCUGUGCGAAGUGGUUCUUUUUCCAACAUCAGCCAAAAGUUGUCGAUGAUGAGGAAGAGACAUACAGUUUACACAAGAUCAACUAGUGGGUAUUCACUUAGGAAAUCCAAGGUAUUUAGUAUUGGUGGGUCGCAUUUAAAAUGGUCCAAGUCCAUUGAGAGAGACUCAAGAAAAGCUAAUGAGGAAGCCACCUUGGCUGUGGCUGAAUUUGCAAAGAAAGGAAGUGAAAAGCACUCUGGACAAAGGAAUAUUAGGACGACAAGCAGAAACCACCUGGCACGAGAGCGCGUUUUCAGGAUUGGUUCCCUUCGCUAUAAAAUGGACUCUUCAAGGCGAACUCUUCAGAGAAUAUCUGAUGUUGAUACGCCUUGCUCUGGACCUUCUGAAAAUGGGAAAGGUGCAAAAAGACCGUUCAUCCCAAAGAGACUGGUGAUAGGCAAUGAAGAAUAUGUUCGUGUGGGAAACGGUAACCAGCUUGUCAGAGAUCCAAAGAAACGAACUCGUGCUUUGGCUAAUGAGAAGGUCAGGUGGAGCCUGCACAAUGCCCGGUUGCGGUUGGCUAAAAAGAAGAAGUACUGCCAGUUUUUCACAAGAUUCGGGAAAUGCAACAAAGAUGACGGAAAAUGUCCCUAUGUUCAUGACCCCUCGAAAAUUGCAGUCUGCACCAAGUUUUUGAAUGGACUUUGUGCCAAUGCAAAUUGCAAAUUGACUCACAAGGUCAUUCCAGAAAGGAUGCCUGACUGUUCUUAUUUUCUGCAAGGCCUAUGCAACAACGAGGCAUGUCCAUAUAGGCAUGUGCAUGUCAACCCGAGUGCCGCUAUAUGCGAUGGGUUUUUAAAAGGAUACUGUUCAGACGGAGACGAGUGUCGGAAGAAGCAUUCCUACAUCUGCCCAGUUUUUGAAGCCACGGGAUCAUGCUCUCAAGGAUCGAAAUGCAAGCUCCACCACCCCAAGAACCAAAGCAAAGGAAGAAAGAGGAAACGACCAAGCGAACCAUCAGAGAAAAAUUCACGUGGGCGUUACUUUGGUUCACUUCGCAAUGUCUUUUCCGAGUCUGAGCCAAUGAUAGUCGAUAGGCGCUCUACUGACAGUGAAGAUUUUGGAAUGGAAGGCCUCGACUUCAUAUUUCUUGGCGCUAGUGAGUUUGAAGCCAGUGAUAACAAUGAUCCAGCCACCGAGCAAUCCAUCUCCAGUGAUAAUGAAGCAGCGGUUUCUAUACACAAUCUGAUCAGACCAGUAGCUUUGAUGCAGUAAGAAGGCAACUACCAGUUUUUUUUUUUGGUGAAUGGAAAGGUAAGCUUUCUCUGUUAGAAAUACAAACUAUACGUCCUCUGAUACGUUCUUUUGUAGUUUUUAGGGAGUUAGCUUUUUUGUUAUCUUCUAUAUAUGCGUUCUACAGAGAAGAAUUGUACAUAUUUAUCUGUAAAUGAUCCCCAAAAAUGGAAUACAUUUGUUUUUGUUA